AUGAAAGUAGUCGUUACUCGCAUUCUGCCUCCCGAGACUCAAGCCUUGCUGGAAGCUCAACAUUUCGACUUGGUGCAAUGGCAACAAGAUUGUGUCAUGCCUCGCGAGGAACUAUUGAAGCAAGUCAAAGGUGCCGAAGCACUCAUUUGCCUUUUGACGGAUCGUAUCGAUACCGAGUUAUUGGAUGCUGCAGGUCCCCAACUCAAGGUGAUUGCUACCAUGAGUGUAGGAUACGAUCAUGUGGAUGUGGAUGCUGUUCGUGCACGCAACAUUGAGCUUGGAUACACACCCGAUGUCUUGACAGAUGCAACGGCGGAUCAUACGGUGCUCUUGACAUUGGCAGCAGCACGUAGAAUGAAGGAGGGUAUGAUGGCUGCAGAGAAAGGAGAGUGGGGAGCAUGGCGUCCAACUUGGUUGUGUGGAUCCCAAUUCACUGGCAAAACUCUUGGCAUUGUUGGUAUGGGCCGUAUUGGUGAAGCUGUUGCUCAUCGUCUCGCUCCCUUUGGUAUUCGGCGUAUCAUGUACUGGGGUCGUCAAGAGAAACCUGAUGUCGAGAAGCGUCUACCCAUGGCACAGUUUACUGGAUCCCUCGAUACCUUGUUGGCUGAAUCAGACUUUGUCAUUGUUUGUUGUGCUCUCACACCCGAGACUCGAGAAUUGUUCAACUAUGAUGCCUUUAACAAGAUGAAGGAUACAGCAGUCUUUGUCAAUACAGCGCGUGGUGGCAUUGUCAAGCAAGACGAUUUAGUCCGUGCACUUAAAGAAAAAAAGAUUGCUGCUGCUGGUCUCGAUGUCACAACCCCUGAACCAUUGCCACCCACCGAUCCACUUUACAAAUUGCCCAAUUGUAUCAUCCUCCCACACAUUGCGAGUGCCACAUUUGAGACGCGUGAGCGCAUGGCCAGCAUGUGUGUCGACAAUGUCAUUGCAGCAUCCAAAGGGGAACCACUGCCAUAUAAGUUGUAA